AUGAGUUCUGGAAACAAUGGGGGUCUACCACCCACCGACAUCCCAGAUAGCUACACCCAUCGCAUCACCGUAGAGCAGCUACAAGGAGCAUCAAACGAGGGCGGCGGUGCCCCGCCGCGCGACCCACAACUUUGUGUGCUCUCCAAAACAUGCCCUUACAAAAUGUACACCAACGCGCUUUAUACAUUCGCCGCGACCACUGCCGAGUUUCUGAGCCGCCGUGAGCACGCGAUCCUCCAGCACCUGAUCGAGCACCACGCGAUAUCCACAAUUAAAGGCCGGCCUCCAAUGAUACAGUGCACGGCAUGCGCAAUAUUCACCCCGAAGGGCGCGGGCGGGAUGAUCCUCGUGGAGAACAUCGCGCGGCAUAUCAAUCUCGUGCAUCAACCCUCGCCGUACACGAUCGGGUACUGCAUUCUGCUGGAGAAGAAGUGUAAGUGCAAAAUGUACGGCUCGAAGCUGUAUGUCGCGCCUGUGACGGCGCAGGAGUUCUAUGUCAAGCGGGGAGAGUAUAUCGCAACACAUUUGCAGACGAUGCAUGGUAUACCAAGGGAGGGUGAGCCACAGACAUUUCAUUGCAAAAUGUGUCUUAGGGACGGCAAGAAUUUUGUGGUUAGGGAGGAUACAUUUGCGGAUCAUGUUAAUGAGUACCAUCAGCCGCCGGUGUUCGAUAUAUUAAAACCUCUUAAAUGA